CAUGGCAAUUGCCCCCCCCCCAGCUAUGCUGCCCCUGUGCCAUGGGGUUAAAUCGGUAGCCUUUUCCCCUCUGCUGACAGCUCUGUCCCCCUUGCGAACUUGCAGGCAGCGCGGUGCACUGGGAAAGGGGUUGCUAUGGGUGCAGCCCUCGCUAUCCUCCUAAUAAUCAUAAUGCCGCUUGGGCAGGGGGGUGGUAGAGAGGAGUGGAGGAAGACGGCUCGCCCUCGGGCAGGGUGGGGGGGUGAUCCCGAGGAAACCGUGCAUUUUUGGUCAAUGUCACACUCCUAUUUUUGAGCCCAGGACGGGGAACAGGUGCCCAAUCUGUCACUCAAAUUGUGCACGGCUAGGAAAGACAGUUCGGGGCGUUGACUUUAAAGGAGAGAAAAAAAAAGAUUAAGAUUUUGGAAACAAGGUGGAUUUUUUUUUUAUUUGUUGGAAAAAAAAAAAGGGUGGAAGUUCUGCAAAGAGAGGUGAAAUCCGAGGACUGGUUUAAAGUUUAGCCCGGGGAACCUGCCGGCUGGGUGCUCUUGCGCGUCCAACCCUAUGUAAGAGGACAAGACCCCUUUGCCUUAUUCUCUAAAAUCCAUUAAACCCCGUCCAUAAUUAAGGAGGAGAGAGGAAGCUACUCAAGGUGUAUCAGGUUGGAAUGGACAUAUCGUUUCUCAAAGGAUGAAAUCAGUGAAAUCUCGGAGGUGAGAGGAUUCCAGGUUUCUCCAUAACAGCUGAAAGAAGUGUUUGCACUGACGCAACCUCAGGAAAGCCGAAGAUGGCUGCCAAACGGAAAGGCGGCCUGAAACUCAAUGCAAUCUGUGCCAAACUGAGCCGGCAGGUGGUCUCGGAGCUGGGGUCAGACUUAGGAGAGGCAGAUCCGGGGGAAGGGGAGCAGACCCGAGAAACGGACCCCACCGAGGGCGCCAGCGCUGACCAGAGGAGUGCCGAGGAGGACAAGCGACGCAGGGAAGUGAUAGAGAAAUGGGUCAACGGAGAAUAUACGGACGAGCCCCCGGAAAGGACUGGUAGGGAAUGCAGGAGGAUUGGGGUCGCGGAGCUCCCACCGGAAGGUGUCUACAUGGUACAACCCAAAGGGUGCAGUGAUGAAGAAGACAAUGCGGAAGAGCCAAAGGUCUCCCAGAUUAACAGAUAUGUGGAGGAGAGGGACUCGGAAGGGACUGUCACAAAGGAUGCAACCGAGGCAGCUACAAAAGUACCCUCCGGGGCAUCUUCAGGAGAAGCCUCGUCUCUGCGUGAUUACGCCGCCAACACUAUGAGUGAAUUCCUCGGGAUGUUUGGGUACGUCCAGCCCAACGUACGGGACGAACUCGCGAAGAAGAUCAGCUUCGAUAAGCUCAAUGCUGCUACCUCACAGUCCGCGACCGGUGAAGACCCCCUCAGCAAACGAGCGCGGUUCUCCAAGUACGAGGAGUACAUCCGAAAGCUGAAGGCCGGAGAGAACCUGUCGUGGCCGGCUCACGUGACAAAGUGCGACGAACAGAACUCCAAAAACAUUCAGGCCAAGGAAGGCACCACCCAGCAAGUAGCAGCACAGCCCCUGACCGUCAGGGUCCCCAGUCACGAGGCGGCCGUUCUUUCUGAGCCCAAGACCUCCGUUUUACCCCUCACAACAGCUGGCAGCUCACAUAUGCAAGGCCUAAUGCCCCGAGCUUCCAAAUACGACUUCUUCAUCCAGAAAUUAAAGACUGGAGAAUCCUUAAGGCCUCAGAACGGGAACACUUACAAGAAGCCCUCUAAAUACGACUUGGAGAACGUCAAGUAUCUUCACCUUUUUAAGCCGGGUGAGGGAAACCAGGACAUGGGCGGCUCCAUCGCUUUCAAAACGGGGAAAGUGGGGCGCCCCUCCAAAUACGACGUGCGCAAUAUUCAGAAGCUGACCCCGCCGAAGGCAGUGGUCCCCAGCCUGUCGCCGGCACCCCUCACAAGCACUCCGACCACCCCUGUGCCAGCAGCAGAGCAGCCGGUGACGUUACCCUUCAACACUCCAGAGUAUCUCAAAUCUUCCUUCUCUAAAACAGACUCCAUCACUACAGGGACCGUCUCCACAGUCAAGAAUGGACUUCCCCCAGACAAGCCCCCCGAAGAUGUAAAUAUUUACCAGAAAUAUAUUGCCAGAUUUUCAGGUAGCCAACACUGUGGGCACAUUCACUGCGCGUAUCAGUACCGAGAACACUACCACUGCCUGGAUCCGGAGUGCAACUACCAGAGAUUCACCAGUAAGCAGGACGUGAUCCGGCAUUACAACAUGCACAAGAAACGCGACAACUCCCUGCAGCAUGGCUUCAUGCGAUUCAGUCCUCUGGACGACUGCAGCGUUUACUACCACGGCUGCCACCUGAACGGGAAAAGCACACACUACCACUGCAUGCAGGUGGGCUGCAACAAAGUGUAUACCAGCACCUCAGACGUGAUGACCCACGAGAACUUCCACAAGAAGAACACUCAGCUAAUUAACGAUGGAUUUCAGCGCUUCCGAGCAACCGAGGACUGUGGCACCGUAGAUUGUCAGUUCUAUGGACAGAAAACCACUCACUUUCACUGCAGGCGUCCGGGCUGCAGCUUCACCUUCAAGAACAAGUGUGACAUAGAGAAGCACAAGAGCUAUCACGUGAAAGAUGACGCUUACGCCAAGGACGGCUUCAAGAAGUUCUACAAAUAUGAAGAAUGCAAGUAUGAGGGCUGCGUGUACAGCAAGGCCACCAACCACUUUCACUGCAUCCGCGCAGGCUGCGGCUUCACUUUCACCUCUACCAGCCAGAUGACCUCGCACAAGCGCAAGCACGAGAGGCGGCACAUACGCAGCUCCGGAGUACUCGGCCUUCCGUCUUCCUUACUGGGGGGGAAGGACAAUGACAUGGAGGAGUCCAGCAACGAUGAUCUCAUUGACUUUUCAGCUUUAAGUAGUAAAAACUCUAGCUUGAGCGCUUCCCCCACCAGUCAGCAGUCUUCCGUGUCCCUGGUCCCUACUAUCUCCGAGGCUCCUUCUCCACAGACCCAGAAAGCCACCAGCACCAUUCCACCUACCACAAAGAUCUCCAGCCUCCUGUCCCAGACACUGCCCAAUAAUAUGCCCUUGGCUUUAGCCCUAUCUAGUUCAACCCUUCCUGCAACCGGCGCUUACUUCCCGAUCAUAAGUGGUCGCGGAGGUUCCUCUCUGCCUACCGGCUCCGCCAACAUGAUGCCCGUAGCAGCCCCGGACUCCUCUCCGCAGUCUGCAUCUGGGGCCAGCGAUCAAAACAGCACUUCGCCAGCCGCCGCCGCAUCCAUUAUGGAAAGGAUGUCGGCCAGCAAGGGUUUAAUCUCUCCCAUGAUGGCAAGAUUGGCAGCUGCAGCUCUGAAGCAGUCACCACCUCCUGAAUCAGGCAUAGGACACCCGCUGGGGCGUAUGAACGUAGGAGCAGUAAAAGCGGAACCUGGAGACUCAGACGGGACAGUAACCCAAAACAGCUGCCAGGACCACAGUCUGGACCUGAGUUUGAACAGCAUUGAGUCCAACGGCCAAGAUGGAAAUUCGGACCCGUCACUCCUCCCCGCUCUAAUAAGCAAGAUGCCGCAUGCCAACUCCCAUCCGGCAAACCUCCAUAGCCUAAAAUCAGAGGCCGACAGCAGCGACUCCGGAGCCGGGGAGCCGACGCAUUACCUCGGCAAGGUGAUGAAGGCUCUUGCACAGGAAAAGCACACAGAGCCCUGGAGAACAUACUUACGCAGGUACGGCCCGGCAGACGUUUGCGACCCGCAGUGCGAUUUUCUGCACAAACUGCAUUUUCACUGCAUGGUGGAGGAAUGCGGAGCUCUGUUCAGCACCCUCGACGGCGCCAUAAAACAUGCCAACUUCCACUUCAGGACCGAUGUGGGAACUCCAAAAGGCAGCUCCGAGGGUCCGUUUGUGGGCGACGGCAAAGUGUCCUCAGAGCCGUCUCCUCCUCCGUUGCCCUCGUCCCUGGUGCCCGGUUGCGAGGCACCCGCUCCGUGCUCCGUUGCUGUUCCAUCCACUCCGGCUCUACUGGCCUGGAAGCAGUUGGCAUCGUCCAUCCCGCAGAUCCCUCAAAUACCGGCCUCUGUGCCCAGUCUGGCAUCUUCCCCGAUGGCGACAACUUCACUGGAGAACGCAAAGCCUCAAGUGAAACCCGGGUUCCUGCAGUUCCAGGAGAACGACCCUUGUCUGGCAACAGACUGCAAAUAUGCAAAUAAAUUCCACUUCCACUGUCUCUUUGGGAACUGCAAGUACGUGUGUAAAACGUCCGGAAAAGCCGAGUCCCACUGCCUCGACCACAUCAACCCCAACAACAGCUUGGUGAACGUGCGCGACCAGUUCGCAUACUACUCCCUGCAGUGCCUGUGUCCCAACCAGCACUGCGAGUUCCGGAUGAGAGGACAUUAUCACUGUCUGCGUCCGAGCUGUUACUUCGUCACCAACAUCACCACCAAGCUGCCAUGGCACGUGAAGAAGCACGAGAAAGCCGAGCGGCGGGCGGCCAACGGAUUCAAGUACUUCACUAAACGGGAGGAAUGCAGCCGGAUGGGGUGCAAAUACAACCAGGUGAACAGCCACUUCCACUGCAUCCGCGAGGGCUGCCAAUUCUCCUUCCUGCUGAAGCACCAGAUGACGUCUCACGCGCGCAAGCACAUGCGGAGGAUGCUGGGGAAAAACUUCGACCGGGUACCCGGACAGGUCCUUCCUCAAACUCACAGAGGAGACAACCUCUCUCAGUUGGGCAGCGCAGCUCCAAGCCCUUCCUCUACCGAGAAUCCUUCCUCCUUUCAGAUGACACCCCAAAAUAUGAUGGACACGGAGACGGACGAGUACAUGGAUUACACCGGCGGGGGCAGCCCCGGUGGGAUGUCAUCGGAGUCCUCCAACCUAGACCGCAGCUGCUCCAGCACACCGGUGGGGAACGAGAGCGCAGACGCAGGCUGCCCGGUCCCUUCCGCUUCUGACGACGCACUCACCCACAAUGCACCUCCACAACCACCCCCAGCAGUGGCUCUUCCUCACGUACCCUCCUUUCCUCCUGCCCUUGUCAGGUCCCCCCUCUCCACCCUGCCGUACCUGCUCUCUCCAUCCUGUGUCUCAUACUCCCUGAUCACCGCCAGUCUGGGGGUCAGCAGGGGCAUUGUGGUGCCAAGCAGCGGCGCGCCAGCAUUCACACCAGUAAUAGCCACUCCAGCUCCAGUCAAAAGCGAUGUCCCUCUAGUACAGGACGCAGCAGGGAACACCAUCACCAUGCCAACCGCCUCCGGGGCCAAAAAGCGCUUCUGGAUCAUCGAGGAUAUGUCGCCGUUUGGAAAAAGGCGCAAGACGGCUUCCUCGCGCAAAAUGCUGGACGAAGGAAUGAUGCUGGAGGGAUUCAAACGCUACGACUUGUAUGAAGACUGCAAGGACUCGAUGUGCCAGUUCUCCCUGAAGGUCACGCAUUACCACUGCACCCGGGAAAACUGCGGCUACAAGUUCUGCGGCCGUACCCACAUGUACAAGCAUGCGCAACACCACGACCGGGUCGACAACUUGGUCCUUGAUGACUUUAAGCGCUUUAAGUCUUCUCUUAUUUGCAACUUCCAGGACUGCCAGUUCUCUGGAAACAGCACACACUUCCACUGCUUGCGCUGCGGCUUCCGUUGCACCGACAGCACCAAAGUGACCGCUCACCGCAAGCACCACGGCAAGCAGGACGUCAUCAGCGCCGCUGGCUUCUGUCAGUUCAGUUCUAGUGCGGAUUGCGAGGUUCCCGAGUGCAAGUACAAGCUGAAGUGUUCCCACUUUCACUGCACUUAUCCCAGCUGCAAGCACACGGUGGUGGGGAUGUCUCAGAUGGACUCGCACAAGCGCAAGCAUGAGAAGCAGGAGCGAGGGGAGCUCCCGUCCGCUUCCCCUGGCCGCGAGGGCAUCACUCAGUCUGGCACCGAGUAUGAACUCCAAAGCCCACCAAUGAACUUGGACAGCUCUCUGAACCUGAGCACGGACCCCCACAACUCCCUCCUGUUCCUGCAAAACGCCGCCGGGGUGGGUCUGAACGACUCGCUAGACCUUAGCAAAAAGCCCCAAGACGAGGUCAGUUCCAGCCUCAAGAAAGAGCCACAGGACACUCUUCAAGUUAACUCUGUAGAUGCAGAUGACGACUUAUCUCAGGACGAGGAUGAAGACGACGACGAUGAAGAGGAGGACGACGAUGAAAUGAAUGAAGAUGAGGAGGACGAGGAUCUGAAUACAGAUUCGGAGGAUUCCAUGCCUGGCGGCGAAUGCUUACCAAGCAAAGGAGUCGAGCAGCGUGCGGAGGGUUCCACAAACCACUGUGACAUCUCCCCGGCCCAAAUCAACCUCCAGGCAUCCCCCUGAAUCCA